GUUGUUUUCCAAACAGCUGAGCGGCGGACGGAUAUUUGUUGUUGCUGCGCCCGGGAAGCUGCGCAGCGGAGAACGCGAAAAAUAAUAAAACGCAAAAAAUAGCAAAAAUUAAACGCGUCGCGAGUGCAGCAGCAAGCAACCAUAAUAAUUUGCGGAGCCAAAAGACAAGCAACUGAAAUUGCGCAAAGUGUAUAAAUCCAAUUGGAAGUGCGGCUGGGAGUCCCAAAUUCGUAUUGAUUUUCUUGUUUGUGUGUGCGCGGGUCCGUGAAAAAGGCAACAAAAGCAAAGCAACCACUUCCAGACUUCCCAAUCAGCCACUUCCUUUUCUUCCACCUAGCGGUAAUCAUUGCCAAUUGGAACCGCGAUCGUUGCCUUCCAGCGACAACAACAACAACAACAACAACAGCAAUGUAGCAAGUGUAUUUGCUGCUUGUAGUUGUAGUCAUUAAACAAGAUAAAGUGCAAAGGAGCGACAGAGAAAGGGCGAGAGAGGGAGAUAGACAACAACAAAAGCGAAAGUUAUAUUGAGUGCGUUGAUAUGUACGCGUGUGUGUGUUAGUGCGAAAAAUUGUUGAUAAAUAUUGGAGGUAAUAAAUGCGAAUUCAAAUGCAAAUAUUCGCCGAUGAAAAGGGUGUCUCCGCAAAAAUCCGUUGAUUAAUUAUAAAUGCAGGGAGUGGCCGGCUAAGUUGGAUUUUUUUGUGCCCAAACUUGCAGCGGAGAAGCAGCGACAAAAUGUGGAUACCUUCGAACAACAAAUACGGAGUUGCCAUCCACAACUGGCACGGCAAUGUCCGGUUUGGCCUGGCACUGGAUGUCGGCGAUUCGGUGGACAUUGUGGAGGAGUGCAAGCACUGGUACCGUGGCUCCUGCCCCCGAAAGUCCCGGGCAGUGGGUCUCUUCCCCAAGACCUACAUACACAUCAAGGACCUGUCGAAAAUCGAUCCUGUCGUCGCCGAAUGCACGCAGGUUCUGCGGGAAUGGUCGGAGAUCUGGAAGCGCCUCUAUGUGGAUCGCGAAGCGUACAAGUUCCAAACCCUGCGCAAGGUUAUGUUUUCCAUAUUGGAAAGUCGGAGGGAACUCCUUAGUGCCACCAUGACGCAGGAUCAGACACUGGAGCUUCAGAUGGUUGUGGUUUCCAAGAUAGACUGGGGCAAUCGCAAACUUGGCCUGGACUUGGUGCCCAGAGAGGGACCACUGGCGGUGGAUCCACAUGGCAUUGGCAUCGUGAAGCUCUACAAUGUCCAUGUGAGCAGUGCUGAUAACGCCAAGGCCUCCUCGAGUCGGGGAACUUUGAGGCGGAAGACGCAGCGGAAGAUUCUCACCCAUCAUCUGUACUUUUGCAUGCGCGAUUUUGGCCAUCGGAUUGGUGGCGAUGAUGCGGAGGUCUACUUCUUCCUUUAUGAUGGCAGUCACAUGCGACCGCUGUCCGAACGGUUUCUGGUCAAGAUCUCCAAGGAUGGUUUCUCCAACUACAUUGAACGGUUGCACAGCAACUGCACGGUGUUCACUGAUCUGGGUGCCGCUGAUCUCAAUGAGGAACUUCACCUGGUUGCCGUGGUUAUGCGCGUGGGCAAGAUCAUUCAGUCGGACUCUAUCAAGAAGAUCGAGAAGGGUGGCACAUUGGGUCAUGGUCCAACCUUCCGUCGACCAUUUGGAGUGGGUGUUCUCUCGCUGGGCGACAUUGCACACUUCGAUAGCAGUCUGGAGCAGUCCUCCGAUGAGCGGGAGUACAACUUUAAGCUGUUCCAGUGCGAGGAGAAGGACUUUCACCUGCUGCCCGAACUGAUUAUCAAGAAGUCGAGUGGAAAGUACUCGCCCAUCCAAACGAGUCAGGGAACUCAGGGCAUUGUUGUGUCUCUAAAGCUCCUGCACGGUGGACUGGGUCAGGCGCGGCAGGAGCAACCGCUGCUCUUCCAGGGCUCUACGAUAACCAGGAAGAUGGGCUUCCCGGAUGUCAUCAUGCCCGGAGAUGUCCGCAACGAUCUCUUCCUCACUCUGGAGCGCGGUGAGUUCGAGCGCGGUGGAAAGAAUACGGGAAAGAAUAUCCUUGUGACGGUUGUGGUGCUCGAUGUGGCGGGUAAUGUUCUCACCGACUGCCUUUGGGGUGCCUCCGGCAUGGAAUCCCAGACGCAGUACAAGUCCAUGAUCCUGUAUCACCAGAAUGCUCCCAGUUGGAAUGAGAUGUUGCGCCUCAGCGUGCCGAUCGACAAGUUUUCCACUGCUCAUGUGAGGUUUGAGUUCCGGCACUGUUCGACGAGGGAUAAGACGGAACCGAAGCUAUUCGCCUUCAGCUUUGCCAGGCUUAUGGACACCGGUGGUGCCACUUUGGGCGACGGCCAGCACGAGUUGUAUGUGUACAAGUGCGAGGAUCCCACGAAGCUUCAGGCCUCCAACUAUCUGCGGUUGCAGUGUAGACCUCGCGAUGCACAGGCCAAAAUGGAUUGUGGCGGUUGCUUCAGUCGCAGCUCCAAGGAAGUGUUCGUCCUGCGCUCCCUGCUCUGCUCCACAAAACUUACCCAGAACGCUGACCUUCUAUCGCUGCUGCAGUGGCGCACAUAUCCGGAAACGAUCCAGGACUCGCUGACGGGAGUCCUGCGGCUGAACGACGAAGAGCUGGUCAAGUUCCUGCAGGACGUGCUGGACGCCCUGUUUGCCAUGUUCUCCAAUGAGGAGGGUAACAGCACCCAGCACUCGGGCCUCGUUUUCCAUGUCCUCGUGAGCAUCUUUAGUCUGUUGCAGAGCAACAAGUUCCAACAUUUUCGUCCGGUGAUGAACGAGUAUAUCGAGAAUCACUUUGCGGCCGCAUUGGUUUACAAGGGACUCAUCACCUCAGUGGAGCACAUGGCCGUGUUCAUGACCAAGGCAGAGCACCCCGACCCAUUCCAGAAGUGUUUCGGUUCCCUGGAGUAUAUAUUCAAGUUGCUAAUCCAGUCGAGGAAAUUGUUUGCCAGGGCAACAGGUGGGCAGUAUGAGGACUCGUUCAAGCGGGACCUCCACUCCCUUUUUACGGCCCUCAAUGGAAUGCUGGCUGUGCCCUCGUACGAUGUCAUCAUUCCCACCCAGGAGGCACUGCUUAAUUCGACGGGAGUGGUGCUGGAACAAUUGAAGGACACGCUCCCCGCUCCGGAGUUGGGCAUGCUGGCGCGGAAUAUGCUGGACGCCAUUCCCCGGGGAGCUCCCAUUCGGUUAAUUCAGGCGAAAUUGCAUGCUGUCAAGGAUCUGGUGUCUGGGGAGUUGUUCCACGAGGAUGAUUCCCGCACUGUGGUUCUUUCGGUGGCCUGCAAGCACCUGCGCAUGCAUCUCAGUCGCCGGGAUGAGCUGCGUCUGUGUGCUGAGAUUCUCUCGGAGAUUCUUAGCCAACUGUACGAUUUACAGAAGGAGCAGCGCGACAAGGUGACCAACACCCUACAGCACGACCUGGACUCGCUGUGCAAGAAUAUACUGGGCAUACUGAUCCGUACCAUUAGCAUUAUAAUGGAGGGAUCCAAUGCAGUGUUGCCGCAGUUGGUUUCCUGUCUCUUGGGUUUGCUGCAGCUGCUCGACGAGACGCACUACAAGCGCUACUGGGACGAGCUGAGUCCCAACAAAGAUCCGCGGGAUCUGAAGGAGUUCCUUAGCAAAUCAUUGCUGGUGUACGAGGAACUGUUGACCCAGGACUGGCAUGUGUUCCCCAACGAUUGGCUGGUGAUGAAGCUGGCCGCGAACGAUGUGCUGCGCAUGUCGCUGGAGGAGUUCGCCAAGCCGCUGGUCUACAGAUUCUUGGGACCCCAGGCCUUUGAUUCGCAGCUCUGGUGGAGCUACUUCAGUCUGGCUGUUGCCUUCUUGACACAGCCCUCCCUGCAGUUGGAACAAUAUAGGGAGCCCAAGAGGCUGAAGAUACUCCACUCGCAUGGGGACAUGCGGGUGCUCAUGGGCUUCCAGAUACUCAGCAUGUGGUCGCAGCUGGGCGAGCAGAAGCUCCACUUUAUUCCAUCGAUGGUGGGUCCAUUCCUGGAGGUCACUUUGGUACCGGAGCCAGCUCUGCGGAAGGCCACGCUUUCAGUCUUUUACGACAUGAUGCAGUGCGAGCAGGCUGCCCGUGGUUCGUUCCGUCUGGUGGAGAGCGAACUGAUUGACAAGCUGGACCUGCUCAUCAGCGAGAACAAGGGUGACGACGAGUAUAGGGAGCUGUUCAGCACCAUGGAACAUCUCAGCUUGGUUUUGCUGGAGAAAGUCCAGGUGGAGAAUCCUAACUGGAAGGAGGCUGGCAUCGCUUUCAUAGCCUCAGUCACCAGACUUUUGGAGCGCCUUCUGGACUAUCGUAGCGUAAUGCAGGGCGAGGAGAACCGGGAUAAGCGCAUGACCUGCACAGUCAAUCUGCUUAAUUUUUACAAAAACGAAAUCAACCGGAAGGAGAUGUAUCUGAGAUACAUCUACAAGCUGCACAACCUGCACCUGCAGGCUGAGAAUUACACAGAGGCUGGCUUUACGCUGAAACUGUACGCCUCCAUGCUGAGUUGGGAUCGGGAGACCCAGAGCUUUGCCCCCUUCGAUAAUAGUGGUCAGCCAGAGUGGCAGCGCAAGGAGCGUCUAUACCACGAGAUCCUUAAAUACUUCGACAAGGGAAAAUGCUGGGAAAAGGGUAUUCCGCUGUGCAAGGAGCUGGCUCAACUAUACGAAACCCGGCGCUUUGACUACAACAAGUUAAGUGAAAUACUCAUUCAGGAGGCCAAGUUCUUCCAGAAUAUCCUUACUCAAUUGCGACCGGAACCGGAAUACUUCCGGGUGGGAUUUUACGGAAUGGGACUGCCACUUUUUGUGCGGAACAAGCAAUUUGUGUAUCGUGGACUGGAGUAUGAGAGAAUUGGAGCCUUCACACAGCGACUGCAAACGGAGUUUCCUAGUGCUCAGAUCCUGGGCAACAACAGUCCGCCGGACAACGCCAUUCUGAAUGCUCCGGAUCAGUACAUACAGAUCAGCAAUGUAAGACCUGUUGGGGAUGCACAGGCCUUGAAGACCGCAAUGGUUCCAGUGCCGGAGAAAAUAGCUCGUUUCUACGAGGUCAACGAUGUGACCCGAUUUAUCUACGAUCGCCCCAUGUACAAGGGAACAGUGGACAAGGACAAUGAGUUCAAGUCGUUGUGGAUUGAACGCACCAUUCUAGAGAUUGCUAGUCCACUGCCAGGAAUUCUGCGCUGGUAUGAGGUUAAACAGAAGACGAUGCAGGAGCUAACGCCAGUGGAGUACGCUUGCGAGAUUAUCAGCAAUGCCGGCAAGGAGCUGUCCGAGCUGAUCGUGCAGUAUAAGCGCGAUCCCAAAAGGAAUAUUAAUCCCUUCUCCAUGCGUCUGCAGGGCACAAUCGAUGCCAAUGUCAUGGGUGGUAUAAGCAAGUAUCAGGAGGCUUUCUUCUCCGAGCAGUUCCUCAAAUCUCCGCAAGGUGCUGGACAGCAAGCGAAUGUCCAGCGGCUAAAGGUUCUGAUCCUGGAGCAGAUCCAGAUUCUGGAGCAAGCCCUCGAGCUGCACGGUCAGCUGGCGCCCAGUGGAGUUCAGCCUCUGCACAAUCGCCUGUUGGAACGCUUUUCCCAGCUCAAGCAAAGUUUAUCCGGCAUGGGCAGACUGAAACGUCAGCACUCCGAGAGCAUUGUAAAUACUCCUUUACCACCGUUGCCCACAGAGCAGCGAGUGGCUCAGGCGACAGCUUCCUCAAGCUUGAAUGCCAAUGCCCACAGCAACUAUGUAUAUGAUCUCGAUGAGAUCUACACGAGACCGGGAGACACCGUAAGACCCGUGGACCCACUCAGUUCCUACCAAACGCUGAGUAAGGAGAGUCUGAGUAUUCCUCUGGAGGAUGCCGCUGCUCCCCCAGUGCCAAAUCGUCCACGCUCGCAGAAUUUUAUGGCAAACGGAUCAAUGGACAGCCCGGAGGUCCCGCCGAAGCGACAACCGACUUUGAAUUCUCCCAAUGCUCCUCCGCUGCCUCCGCGCGGAAUAACACCGGACAAGAGGGCGUCAAAUCCAUUGAUUUUCAAUGACUUUGGCUCUGGAGAUGCUGUGGGUCGUCGCCAUUCUCAGCAGCAGCAACACCAUGGCCAAAAGUAUUCCGUUGUUGAUAUUAGCUACGAUGAUCCAGAGGCAGAUCAACAGCCGCACUCGCUGCCCCCGAACUUUCAGGACGGAAGCGGUAGUCACCUGAGCGUCUGCUUUGCCCCCAAUGAUUUCCGGGACUCCGGCAUAUCGACGACUAGCUCCAGGGAACUGAACCACAUGAAUCUCAAUAACCUGAGCGAAGACUCAUCGUCGAUCUCGACCAUUACCGUGCAGCAUCGGGAACACUGUCGCAUCAGCAGCAAUGGCAGCUUGGACUAUAAUGCCACAGCAUCAAUGAACAUUACGCAACGGGAGAGUUCGACUAGUUCGUUUGAUGUGGAGGACUUUCCAGUGCCGCCGCCGCCCAUUCCGCCCAAAUCCUUGGCCGUGUCAAGCAAUGGGGUCAACAUUUCACUUGAUGAGGCACACUCACCGCAUCCCAGCACACAAGCGAACACCACACAACUCAAUCACAGUCAGAACCCAAAUCAGAACCAUUCCACAAACAGUCACCAUCAUCAGCAGCAGCAGAAUGGAGAUGGCGAUGGUUAUAGCACGUUGCAGCAUCCGGUGAACGGGCUGGGGCUGGCUACCCUUCCACCACCACCUUCUGCUGUUGAAGCGCCACUACCGGCAUCUGCAAUCGCCACAUCUUCAUCUAGUCAUCAGCACGAUGGCGGCACUUUUUGAGUUACAAUAUGUCGCUGCCAUCAUCCACCCGAUCAGCCACAUCAGCCACACAAGCCAUCCUCAUCCACGUCGACCUCGGACAGCACGGCCACGGAUACGGCAUCGGAAUCCACGGACUCCAGUUCGUCCACUCAUUCGAUGACGCCGCCUCCACCUCCCCCACCGCCGCCAUCAUCCUUUACUCACUUGCAUCAUCAGAUGGCAGAUACAACUUACUACUGCCAGGAUUGUCUGUCCUCGCCGUCUCCCCCACCCACAAUCAUCACGGAGCAGGCACAAGUGCAUCCCACUCCGGGUUUGACCUCAGCGCAGGCCCAUAUCGAGCACUGCUCGUGUGGAUUGAGUUUUUCGGUGGUACAGGAUCAGCAGGAGCAGUUUCCCAGGCUGCUCCCCACGAGGUAUUCAACGCUGGAACGGCAGACCGAUGGCUUUCAGGUGGAGCAGGUGUCCGGCUGCCAGCAUCAUCAUCACCAGCACAGCCCGUUGUAUCAUCUUCCCCAAGGCAGUCAGGAUGCACAUGCUCAGACGGAUUUUACCUACGCGCAGCGCUGAAAGCUAUAUCUAUAGAAGAAGUUAGGGGUCUUGGCGACCCACAGAGAGUGAGAUUAAAUUUCGCUAAGUUUUUACAAUUAUUGUUUAACUUUGUUUUUAGAAAUGCUCUAUUUUUACUCUGAUUAUUUUUGGUGCCAAAUUUUUGCUGCAAGUCCAAAGCGCAAUAUAAACAAAUGUUGUAAUGAUAUAGGUUGCAUAUACAAUUUUAUUAAUUUUAAUAUUAUUUUAUUUUAUAUAUAAUUUUUUACGGGGAAUUGUCGCUAAAGUUACUAAGAAGAAUGUUUAGAUAAGAGAAUAAAGAUGAAAUGAUUUUUAUAUUGAAUGAGGAUAUCAAAUACUGAAACCAAAAUACAGAACGCUAAUCAAAA